AUGGUGGGCCCCACUCUCGUGGUGGGCCCCACUGUCAUGGUGGGCCCCACUGUCAUGGUGGGCCCCACCGUCAUGGUGGGCCCCACCGUCAUGGUGGGCCCCACCGUCAUGGUGGGCCCCACCGUCAUGGUGGGCCCCACCGUCAUGGUGGGCCCCACCGUCAUGACCCCCGGGGUGCAGGGGGCGACGAGCCCUGGGGAGCAGGAGUAUGAUGAUAUAUCCUGGAGAGCGGCCAAGGAGCCCGCCGCACCCGUGGAGCCCGCCGCACCCGUGGAGCCCGCCGCACCCGUGGAGCCCGCCGCACCCGUGGAGCCCGCCGCACCCGUGGAGCCCGCCGCACCCGUGGAGCCCGCCGCACCCGUGGAGCCCGCCGCACCCGUGGAGCCCGCCGCACCCGUGGAGCCCGCCGCACCCGUGGAGCCCGCCGCACCCGUGGAGCCCGCCGCACCCGUGGAGCCCGCCGCACCCGUGGAGCCCGCCGCACCCGUGGAGCCCGCCGCACCCGUGGAGCCCGCCGCACCCGUGGAGCCCGCCGCACCCGUGGAGCCCGCCGCACCCGUGGAGCCCGCCGCACCCGUGGAGCCCGCCGCACCCGUGGAGCCCGCCGCACCCGUGGAGCCCGCCGCACCCGUGGAGCCCGCCGCACCCGUGGAGCCCGCCGCACCCGUGGAGCCCGCCGCACCCGUGGAGCCCGCCGCACCCGUGGAGCCCGCCGCACCCGUGGAGCCCGCCGCACCCGUGGAGCCCGCCGCACCCGUGGAGCCCGCCGCACCCGUGGAGCCCGCCGCACCCGUGGAGCCCGCCGCACCCGUGGAGCCCGCCGCACCCGUGGAGCCCGCCGCACCCGUGGAGCCCGCCGCACCCGUGGAGCCCGCCGCACCCGUGGAGCCCGCCGCACCCGUGGAGCCCGCCGCACCCGUGGAGCCCGCCGCACCCGUGGAGCCCGCCGCACCCGUGGAGCCCGCCGCACCCGUGGAGCCCGCCGCACCCGUGGAGCCCGCCGCACCCGUGGAGCCCGCCGCACCCGUGGAGCCCGCCGCACCCGUGGAGCCCGCCGCACCCGUGGAGCCCGCCGCACCCGUGGACCACGAUACGCCAAAGUUUUGA